AUGUCGGUGAAGUUGCAGCAGCCGGUAGGGCAAAAACGGCUGACGAACAUAGCAGUGGUUCGAUUAAAGAAGCAUGGUAUGCGUUUCGAGAUUGCUUGUUACAAGAACAAGGUCCUCUCUUGGCGCUCUGGCGUAGAGAAAGAUUUGGAUGAAGUGUUGCAGUCCCACACAGUUUAUUCAAAUGUUUCGAAAGGAGUUCUUGCAAAGUCUUCAGAUUUGAAUAAAGCUUUUAGACAUGAUGAUCAGACCAAAAUUUGCCUCGAGAUAUUGGAGAAAGGGGAGCUUCAAGUGGCUGGGAAAGAGAGGGAAUCGCAGUUGUCUAGUCAGUUUCGGGAUAUAGCAACUAUUGUUAUGCAGAAAACUAUUAAUCCUGAAACGCAACGUCCUUACACUAUCAGUAUGAUUGAGAGAUUGAUGCAUGAAAUUCACUUUGCUGUUGACCAGCAUAGCAGCUCUAAGAAGCAGGCGCUAGACGUUAUUCGUGAGCUUCAAAAGCAUUUUCCAAUCAAGCGUUCUCCAAUGAGACUUCGGCUUACUGUUAGUGGACAGAAUUUUUCUACUCUACUGGAAAAGCUUGAUGCCUGGGAUGCUAAGGUUGUUUCAAAAGAUGAAUCGGGAAGUCAUCAAUCUGUUAUUUGUGAAAUGGACCCAGGUUUCUUUAGGGACUGUGAUGCCUUGGUGAGGAAUCUGCAGGGCAGGCUGGAAAUUCUUGCAGUCUCUGUUCAUUUUGAGGGGGGCACUCAUGUAGAUGACUAUGAUGAUUAUGAAGAUGUGCCAUCAGCCCAACCCAAGGAAUCUACUGAUUCUGUAGUACAACUGAGUGAGAAAAUCCAAAAACAGAGUAUCUCUGAGGAAAAGAAGGCUGAAGCGGAGGUGAAGCAAAACAAGUGCAGCACAUGCAAUGCUUUUGUUGGGGAUGCAAAGCAGUUCAGGGAUCACUUCAAGAGCGACUGGCACAAACAUAAUUUGAGGCGCAAGACCAAGCAGCUUCCUCCUCUUACUGCAGAAGAGUGCUUGGCUGACAUGGACCUGAAUGACUCGAAAGCAGAUUUAAAAGAAUACUCGUUUUGA